UGAAGAUCCUUUGAAGAACAACUAAUACUACACACUUGAAUUAUUUUGCUGAUUUUUGAAAUGAAAAUUGUAUUGCUAGAAGAAUUCACAUUUAGUGAAAAUUCAGUUCCUUUCAAAAGUUGUCAUGCUUCUACUAUUGUUGAGGUGGAGAAACAUCAAUUUUUAGUUGCAUACUUUGGUGGAAGUGCUGAAGGAGCGCCGGACGUGAGAAUUUGGUUGCAGAGGUACAAAGAUGGAUGCUGGCAAUCUCCCGUUAUAGCCGAUGAAGAGCCUAAUGUUCCAAUGUGGAAUCCUGUGUUAUUUAAGGUUUCUAAUGAUGAGUUGCUUCUCUUUUAUAAAGUUGGUCCGGAUGUGCAAAAUUGGAGUGGAUGUAUGAAGAGGUCUCGUGAUGGAGGUAUUACUUGGAUGGAGCGCGAACAGCUCCCGCCGGGAGUAUUGGGACCAAUCAAGAAUAAGCCAAUCUUGCUGCAAAACGGGAAUUUGUAUUGUGGAUCUUCUGUGGAGAGUUGGAACUCAUGGGGUUCAUGGGUUGAGGUUACGGCGGAUGCAGGAAAAACAUGGAAGAAGUAUGGACCCAUAUGCAUCCAAAAUGAGCCAUUAGGAGUGAUUCAACCAGUUCCAUAUCUUACAGAGCAUUGCACUUUACGUGUUUUACUUCGGUCUUUCACUGGGUUAGAGAAGAUUUACAUGUCAGAGUCGCACGAUGAUGGAAUUAAUUGGAGUUGCGCAAAACCUACGGAACUUCCAAACCCGAAUUCGGGAUUUGAUGGUGUCAAAUUGAAUGAUGGUCGAUUGUUACUAGCUUACAAUACGAUAUCAAGAGGUGUUCUCAAAGUAGCUGUCUCUAAAGAUGAUGGUGAUUCCUGGAAUGAUUUGGUGACACUGGAGGAGGAUUUGGGUAUGGAAUUCUCUUAUCCUGCUGUCAUACAAAGCAAUGAUGGGUUAGUGCACAUUACAUACACAUACAAUAGGACCCAGAUUAAGCAUGUUGUUAUACAGCCUUUAGAAACCUAAUAUACAUGUUCUGCUGCAUUACAUUUCUCAUGUUCUUAGUUAUUCAAACUUGAGUUCUUUGUAGUUUCCUAUUGAUAAAAUCGAAAGUUAGAGACUCGCUGCUGAAAUAACCAAGUUUUAAGGCAUAACAGUGUAGACUCAUUACCUUUGUUAUUGCUGCCCAUUUGAUGGCUUUUCUGCAUUCAUCUUCUUGGGGACGACGGCAGCAGCAUCCGUCGUUUCCUCCUGCGAAUCCUGACGCUGUACCUUUGCAACCAGCAUUUAUUCUAAUUUCCUCUGAUCCAAGGAAGAGAGCUCGACGUUGUAUCCAGUUAGUUUAAUAUCUUCUUCUAGUUCAACUUCAACUUCAAAGAUCACCUCCACUCCACAAUCUCUCGGAUCAAAUACAAAACACUUGUCCGAAUCAGAAAUUUCAACUUAAU